AUCUUCGAUGGCGGGACCUGGAAGAUUGUUAUGGACGUAUGCAGGUCCAAUUUUGCUGAUUUUAGGAAUUAUCGGAAACAUUUUGUCCAUUAUUAUACUGCUGCGGAAAAGUUUACGUAGACUGUCAUGGAGCCUAUAUUUAGUAACGUUGGCUAUAUCGGACAUUCUCGUUCUUUGUACAACGACGUUCGAUUACUGGAUGCGAAUGUGGAAGAACAUUCAUGUUUAUACAUUUUCGGCGGCUGGUUGUAAAAUUGAAAAUUUUCUCACGUAUUUCAGUGUUCACUUUUCGGCAUGGAUUCUCGUUGCUGUUACACUCGAACGAUUGUUGUUUCUCUACUGGCCCCUCAGAGCACGCAUAUUAUUCACAAGGAAGGUGGCUGCCAUUAUUAUUGCAAUUAUAGCAGCAGCGUUAACAUUGGUGAACAUGCACAUAUUUUGGAACUUUCAACUAACCUGCCGCAGACGCAGGUGCGCCUGUAGACCAUUGGGCGAUGGGUUUGUGUGGUCGAUUAUUGAUCUUUGCAUGAGUACCUUAAUCCCAUUCAUAAUAAUUGCCAUAUGUAAUGGAUUCUUUGUAAAGAAGCUCUUGUUUUUGCGGUCCACAACCCACAGCACGUCCGAAGCGUACAAACAAAAAGCUCGUGCAACAUCAAUAAUGAUGCUCUCCAUCACAAUGACCUUCAUAAUCUUGAACCUUCCAAUUACCAUAGUAAUUUGCCUGAACAACACAACACUAAAAGAAGACCCCGUUCUUAGGCUAGCUUUGGGGAAGGCUUGGGUCUUUACAGUAUUUCUACACCAAUUGAACAGCAUUGUCAACGUUGUGUUGUAUUACCUCAGUAACUCUCGUUUCCAAAAGGAAGUAAAGACUAUACUGUGUGGGAACAAAGUAUCACCAGUGUCUAUUGUGACGACCGACGGCAUAUGAUCAAAUGAACAGAAUUGUACAAUAUGGUGGCUCGUAUUUAUAUCAUUAUUUAAUGAAUUGAUAUACUUAGUUUGUCCUUUUGAAUAGGUUUUCAAAUGAGGAUACUAUCUUUAUCAAUUUUGUUUUAAUUAAUUUUUCGAAUUGUGGGUACUAAGGAAGUGUGGACAGACAAGUUAUUGCAUUAUGGAAAAGGACAGUGUAUAUGUAUUAAGUAUUAUUCAAGUAAAUCAACUGGUGCAUGUAGUAUUGGAUAUGUGAGA